CAUACCCCGUAUCCGUAGUCAUAGUUGCAGUCCGAACACUCCCGUGUCCCGCCGUUACAUUUUCCCGCCGAUAAAAACCGAAUCAGCAUCAUCUCUCGGCCCUGAACUCAUCAAAUUAGAUGAAAUAGCAGCAUCCCUCCAUGAUCGAAGCCUCUUGAUUCUCUUUCUUUCUCCAGAAUCUUCAGUUAUUCAAUGGCGAAAGGGCGAUUGCACGUACAAUUCACUUUCUAGGAGAGGCUCGAAGCUUCAUUCAUCGAUGUUCUUCAGCGGCAUAAUUCGGCGGAAGAUAGCGUCCCUGCUGCAGCCAUGGCUGCGAGAGGAACCGCAGCUGGAAUUGAAAUUAGGGUUUCUUCGUUCUCACGGAAUUGCAAAGAACCUUCGUUUCGAUGCUUCGUCUCUCAACCAGCUUUUGGACGAGUCUUCUCGCUUCUCCUUCAAGGACUUCACAGUUGAACAGUUAGUUAUUCAGAUAUCGAGCUGGUCUAUUCCCGCUUUCACAGUUGAGAUUCGUGGUAUCCAUGUUACACUAUCUGUGGGGGAACCAUUGGAGGAGGGGCAUUCGCGAGCGAGGAAAUCGGCUGAUUCGUUUUCAAAGAAUAUGAAGAAGAUUCUUUCUGUAAUUGAUCCUGAGGGUACCGCUUUGCAUGGUGUUUUGGAAAGGAUCACACUUACCACUCCUUCAAGAAAUCGAUGCAUGACUUCUGUUUUGAAUAUUAUACUGGAACAGUGUAGGUUACAGAUGCAUGAUAUCCAUCUUCAACUGCAAUUUCCUAGCUUAAAUGAUUCGCUUGCAUGCUCACUGGAGAUAGAGGAACUUUGUGCAGAAUCACCGUAUCUUAAGCAUGGUUUAUUCCUCAGCGAGCUCAUUAGUGCAGUCGUUGUACCUGUGAAAGAAAGUUCUCUUACCCUUGAUUGUAGAGGUUUCAAUAUUAAGAUGAAGAAGAGAGAGCAUGUCAACUGUGUGUUAUCUUCAACAGAUCUGUUUGCUUGCAUUCUUCUGAAAGAUCUUCAGCUUUUAGACUUCAAACUUUGUGUUCCUGAAUUAAGUUUUUUAUUGUCUCCACUGGAUUUUCAUAUUAUUUUAGCAUUUGGUGAACGACCACCCAAUGAAUCCAAGUAUGUUAGAAGUGGUAGACAACUUUGGGGACUAGCUGCGAGCAGAAUUGGAUAUCUCAUUUCGGCUCCCGACUUUUCCUUUUAUAAAAUAGUUGGUGUUGUUUGUCUAUGGCUGCAAUAUGUCAAAGCUUAUGAGCAUUUACUUUUACUAGUUGGAUAUGCUGCUGAAAACGUAUUAAAACAAUCUGUCAUCAAAAUGUUCGAGGACAAUAAGUUCUCCCGUUCUGUCAAACAACAAUGGAAGGUGAUUUCUGGAGUUGAGAAGGAGCUGCCAGCAGAAGCUAUUGCACAGGCACGACAAAUAGCUCGUUACAGAGCAGCAUUGAAUGCUCAACAUGCUGAAGAUAGGUAUUCUGAGUCACAAGUUAAUGGUCACUUCAAGUUCUUCCUCAGGAUUUUACUGGUGCUAGCUUUUAUUUGGAAAACUAUGUGCAGUGUAUUCCAGCCACUCAGAAAAUUGUUCUUUUUGAGAAAACUUCUGGCUGAAUAUCCAGAAAUUGUAAAUGUUUCUGAUGAUUCUUGCCCAAAGCAUUGUUAUAUUUUAAGCUUGGGAAAACUUUCAAUCACAGUAUACCCAAUAAAUGCAGUUCAGCAUCACACUAGUAAAAUUUCGGAAUCACAUGGUAGGAUCUCGAACUUGGAUUUACUUUCAAUUUGUAUUUCAGUUGAUGCAUUGUCAUUGAUAUAUAUGGAAGACAUUGGCAGACAAUCUUUCUCUGUUGCUUGCGGACAGUUGAAGGUUAUCUCCUCGUCUGUUGCGGGGUCUCCUAUAAUGAAACACAGUUCAAAGAAUUUUAUUAGUUCUUUGAAAGGGCAUUGGACUGGAAGAGCUAAUGUUCCAAACACCAUUAUGUGGGGUGAGCCAGCAAAAAUGUUUCUCCCUUCAGAAAAUAAUGGAAUUGGUACAACUAAUCACGCUGAAGGUGUUUGUGUCUCGUUUCUGGAAAAUCUUUUGGGAGAAAUGUGGUUAGGUUGGAAAAGAUCUUGUAUAAAAUUUGAAGAAAGUGAGCUCCCAUAUUUUGAAAGCCCAUGCAUUCUCUGUGAGAUACAAAGCUCUUUUAUGAUUCCAGACCUCAUGAGCCAAGCUAUUGGCUUUUGGAGAUGCAGCUUGACAGUGGGGAAGUUGAACUUUAAUUUGGAUUAUUUGUCAAUGUUAUCAAUUAUUGUUCUUAUUGGGCAGGUGGAACAUGCUCUUUGCCAGGUUAAGAACAGUCAGAGUGCUGUGGCAUUCUCACAUUCUCCAAGAACCAUCAAAGAUCUUCCAGGAAUCACUAGAGAUUGCAGACUUGAGUCCUGUACUCAUGGAAUGGAGAUGACGUUGCUUAGAGUGGUCCCAGAGAAGCAUAUUCAACUUGCAGUACAUAUAGCUGGCCCUCACAUUCGAAUAUCACUGAGAAAGGAGCAGUUUCAAGGGGGUCAGGGAGAUGAGGAUCAUAUAGUUACUCAGGAUGAUUUUCAUAUUCAAUUUGACAUCCAUGACAUUGAAGUUGCAGUUUGGCCAACAUCAAAAUCUGAUUUGGCAUCAAUGAAUGGGUGCCUAGGAUUAGAUGGUGCAGAACCAGAGUAUCUUGGAUUGAAGGAGCAUCAGAUUAUUGAUAUUCCUAAACCAGACAAUGGAAAUUAUAUUUCGAAGGGGCAGAUUCCUCUUGGUUUUUACCUUAGAGUUAAUGGUUUAAAUGCUUAUUAUCAGGUUUCAGAAGAAAACCAACCAAGCGAAAUUUUUGUGUUAAAACCCAUUUUUGUUCAGUUAUCCACUUUUAGAGACUAUCUUCAUUCAUUUGGUGAAGCUGUUGUUGCUAUCUCAGCUGGUGUGUGUGGGAUAGCUGCUGGAUUCACUGCUUCUUUAUACAUGGAUGAGUUGUUCAUUUUCUUUCAGGCGGUUGUAAGCCUAUACGCUGCAGCGUCAUAUGCUUUUAGUAGUCUUGAUUUGGUUGGUCGCGCAUUAUGUGAAGAUUCUAUAAAGCAAGAGAUGGCAUCUGUGGUAACUGAGAAUGUAAAGACUACGGCUAAAGGAGCAUGCUUGAUUUUGAAGAGUUUUCUCUUUGUAUUUACUGGGACUUUUCAUUUCAAGUCAGUGGAUAUAAUUCUUCACAAAUUUAGGGAAAGUAAGAACAUGGACAGAUGUAUAAAAACUGUUGAUGCUUUAUGUAGAAAAGGACUUGCUGAGCUCGAUGUGCCUGAUUGUGGAAUUUGGAUUUCUGUUCAUAAAGCUUGUGUUCGGAUUUCUUGUGAGGAAGAGAAAUUGUGUGUUCUCACUGAUUUUUCAGAACUUCAGUCUUCUAUUUUCAGAUAUCAGAGUCUGAAAGGAGAAAAUAGUUACUCGUCUGAACUUAGAAAUCUGUUGCCCGAGUCUAUGGAUUGUUUAUGUGAAGCUUCCCUUUCAAAUUGCAAAUUUACUUUGUGGAUGGGUUCCCAUCAGAAUGUCAAGGUCUCCUCUCCAGGGCAUGCAAGCAGCAUACUUGAUGAUUCUACUUCUAGUCGUAAAUCUUCAUGUACAUUAGACAAUUCCCCCUCAAAAAUUUUAACUAAAAGCCCUAGUGUUGAAUCUUUCAGCUUCGAGCAGAAGUUGGGGUUUUCAUACAUCCUUGGAUUGGAUGCGAGUCCUUGGUUAGUCAUAAACAUUGUACUUGGUGAGAUUUUUAUGGCAAGCUGUUCUAUGAAAAAUGUAUUGCAUGGAGCACAUCAACCGAAUGAACUUCUUUCAUCGCUUUCUGUUGGCAAAGACUUUCAGACAAUUUCCUGGGGAAUUCAGGGUGGUUUUGUUUUCCUUGAAAUACCAGCUUUGGCAGUAUUUGUUCGUUGUUUUGCCUCAUACCUUCGUUGCAUUUCAAAUUUUUUAUCCAAUAUUCCACCGUUAAAAAAGGAGGUUGAUGAUGCCAAACUUUUUGUGAAUGUGGUUGGACUAAAUGAUCAUUCUAUUGACACACGGGAGAUGCUCAAUACCCCUCAACAGACCAAAUGGGAACUGUUGGAAUCAUCUAUUCUCAAUCUCUCUCAAUUUUCUUUAGUGCUUGUAACUAAAGAUGAAUCUGGUGGAGUUCGAGAAUUUGUGCUCGAGGCUGAUUUCCGGUUGAACCUGAAAUUGGUAAACAAGAGAAGAUUUUUGUUUGACCUUUCCCGCUUAUCAAUCCUUUCUCAAAUGCUCGAUGAAAGUGGUGGAAAUGAAAGUCAAAGUCCUCAUUUUUCUUCAGUCAAAACAAUUGAUUUGUCAUCUCAUGUUGUAUCUGGAGAUCCUAUCACAGCAUGUCAUCAGGUGGACAGUUUUCAUUCAGUUGCUGAUCAUGCUAGCUGCUCAAGUGAUCCAGCUUCUCGAAGAGAAUCUUCUAUGAAUUUUGCAUCUGGGGCCUAUCGUUUAAGUCAUCAGAACUACAUUUUAAAACAAUUAAAAGCCUUCAUUUCUAUUGAGAACUCUGUGCCUGGGGAGGAGUAUGGUCCUGUGUGCUCAAAUCAGGUUUGGGUUGGUAGUGGCUCUGUUUCAGGUUUUGAUGUGAUACUAUCUCUGUCUGAAGUACAGAUGAUUUUGUCAAUCUCUGUGUCUGUCUCUGGGAUAUUUGGCAAAGACACAGCCAGUGGUGUGAAAGAGAAGCCCUGGUCCAGUAAACAAGAAUUAGACAAGACUCUAGAAGAAACAGUUCCCGAUGGGUCAAUUGUUGCGAUUCAGGAUGUCCAUCAACACAUGUAUUUUACAGUUGAGAGAGUGGACAACAACUACAAUUUAGUCGGUACAAUUCAUUAUUCUCUUGUGGGAGAAAGGGCUCUUUUCAGGGUGAAGUAUCACAAUCAAAGGAUAUGGAACUUUCCAAUUAUGUGGUUCUCUUUGACAUCAUUGUAUGCUAAGAAUGAUUCCGGGGAGCCAUUGCGAUUGAACUAUCAUUCAGGAUCAGGGUUUGUUGACAUCUCAAGCACAAAUGAUGGUGGGUGGGCACUUUGGAGGGCACUCCCUUGUAAGCCUAAAAGUUAUGAGGGAGUUGUUGACUGGGAACCUUUCAAUAGGUUGUCUAAAAAUACAUUUUACCUUGUGAACAAGAAGAAUGACUCUGCUGUUGCUUUUGCUGAUGGGGUUCCAGAGUUUGUCAAGAAACCUGGAAAUCCAUUCAAGUUGAAAGUGUUCCAUGACCUUUCUCUAGAUCGUAAUGUUGUAAAUAACAAUAAUAACUCCUUGGAGGCACCUGCAACAAACUUACAACAUAACCUGCACAUGGAUAAAGAGAGAAUUUCUGCAGAAAAUAGAACACUUCCUCAGAUUGAUAUUGCAAUUGACAAGGUUACUCUGACUGUUGUUCAUGAACUUCCUAAUACAGAAGACAAGUUUCCACUGAUGCAGGGAUGCAUAUGUAGUGUUCAACUUAUUGUACAAACUUUGUCUAAUAAGGCCAGGGUUAUGAGCACAUUGAGGGCUAUGCUGUGCUAUUUUGAUGCUCAAAAUAACCUAUGGAGGGAGCUUGUUGACCUAGCUGAAGUGUGCAUUUUUUUCCGCAUCCAUUUUCAAAUCCAGGGCUCAGAAUCUGUUUUUCAUGGAGUGCCUGUUCAUUUGUAUUUUAAAAUUAAAGAGUUCAACAUAUCUCUAACUGAGCUUUCAAUGGAUAUACUUCUCUUUGUGAUUGGAAAGUUGAAUUUGGCUGGUCCCUAUUCAGUGAAAACUUCCACAAUUCUGGCCAACUGCUGCAAGGUGGAAAACCAAUCAGGCUUAAGCCUUCUUUGUCGCUUUAAGGAUGAGCAAGAUGUGACAAUAGCUAGAAACCAGUCAGCCUCCAUUUUCUUAAGGCAUUCGGCUGUAGCAGAUCAACCCCUCAAAAAUGCCGCCUUUGUUUCAAUCCAACUUGCUACUCCAGGAGCUUUUGCAACUUCUCCAAUUCAUCUGUCUGUUUUGGAAGCUCAAGCCCUUGCUUGGAGAACACGUAUUGUGUCGCUUAAAGAUUCGAGAUCUUAUCCUGGACCAUUUGUUGUGGUUGAUGUUCCAAGGAAAAUGGAGGAUGGUUUAUCAGUUGUGGUUUCUCCUUUAAUAAGAGUACACAAUGGGACUAAAUUCUCUAUGGAGCUUCGUUUUCAACGGCCUCAACAAAAGGAAGAAGAGUCUGCUUCUGUGUUGCUUAAAGCAGGGGAUACAAUUGAUGAUUCCAUGGCAGCAUUUGAUGCUAUCAAUUUAUCCGGUGGAUUAAGAAAAGCACUGAUGUCGUUAAGCGUUGGUAAUUUCGUAUUUUCUUUCAGGCCUUAUAUUGCAGAGGUCUUUAUAAAUUCUGAAGAAUCAAAUUCAGUGGAAUGGUCAGAUGACCUUAAAGGCGGAAAGGCUGUUAGUCUAUCUGGUAUAUUUGACAAAUUAAGUUACAAAGUCAGAAAAGCCUUCUCUGUUGGAUCCGUGAAAUGCUGCUUCAGCACUGCACAUUGUUCCCUUAAGUUUGAAAAGGCACACGUUGCUGAUGUGCAUUUCUUGAUUCAAAGCAUUGGAAGAGAGGUGCCUGUUAUGCAGCCUGGUAAGUUUGGAGAUCUUCCUGAAAGCAGGAAUUCACCAAUUGCACUACAAGAGCAAAGGGAAAUCUUUCUUCUUCCUACAGUUCGGGUUUCCAAUUUUUUGCAGUCAGAGAUACAUGUGCUUCUAAAUGAAACAGAUGAAUGUAACACUACUGGGUAUCACAAAAUUGGAAAUGAGGCAACUAUUCCUCGUGGAUCAACAGCUGACUUAUAUGCCAAUCCUGCCUUGAUAUACUUCACUGUUGCUCUAACUGCAUUUAGUUCACGCUGCAAACCAGUGAACAGUGGUGAAUGGGUUAAGAAAUUACAGAAGCAGAAAACUAACAAACAUUAUUUGGACAUUGAUUUGAAUUUUGGCGGUGGGAAAUAUUUUGCUUCCUUGAGAUUGUCUCGUGGGCACGGGGGCAUAUUAGAGGCUGCUAUCUUUACAUCAUACACCCUGAAGAACGAUACUGAUUUUCCUCUUCUUUUCACAUCCAAUCAUAGGCAUAUAUCAAGGGAUGAAGUAGAGAAGUUUGAUUCUAGCAUUCCUACUGAGUUAGGAUUGUAUCUGCCUCCAUUCUCUAGCAGUUCAUGGUUCCUCAAAUCGAACAGGUUGCACCUCAAAUUGCUUGGAGGAAAGGAAUAUGAUACACUGUUGGACUUGGAUGCUUUAGCAGGGCUUGCAGAGUUAAGCUUGCAAACAGAAGAAGGAUAUGGAUUUAAACGUACUACAAAGUUGGGGGUGUCUCUUGGGCCAUCUUUAGCCAAUGUGAUUUUGACAUCACAAACGGUGACAAUAGUCCCCCGACAUGUCAUAUUCAAUGAAUCUGAGGAAAUUGUCAUUGUUCGUCAAUGCUAUUUGGAGGAUGAGAUGGAAGGUGUCAUCUCUGUUAACAGCAAACAGAGAGUGAUGUUACAGCUGCGAAAUGAAGCCAGCAAGAGGAGAGAAAUUAGCCUCUUUGAAAACUUCAUUAGAAAGCGUAGACAUACUAAUGAUGAAGCAUUGAUAUUUAUCCAGUUUCGUCUCAAUGAGGCUGGGGUUGGUUGGUCUGGGCCUGUAUGCAUAAAUUCCCUAGGACGAUUUUUCUUGAAAUUCAGAAGAUCUUUGGACAUUCCUGUAUUACAGUCAAAUCAAGUAACAGCACAAGACAACAACUUAAGGGAAUUUGCAGCUGUUAAUGUGGUAGAAGAAGGUUCUACCCUUGUUUUGCAUUUCCAUAGGCCAUUGAGCAUGAAUAUGCCAUAUCGGAUUGAGAAUCUCUUGCAUGUAGCAUCCAUCACUUACUAUCAAAAGGAAUCGUUGGAGCGAGAGAUUCUCUGUCCUGAAAGUAGUGUUGAUUAUGUUUGGGAUGACUUGACUCUUCCACAUAAGCUGGUUGUCCAAAUUAAUGAAAUGCAGUUAUUGCGGGAAAUUAACUUGGAUAAAGUGCGGAAGUGGAAACCUUUCUUUAAUUUCAGGCAACUCAAAGGGUUGGCAUCUCACUUACUUUUGGAUAAAAAGCCCAGAAACCAGAAAAGAGGUAAUCUUGGUGAAUCAAGUAGUGCAGAGACAGUUAAGGUGGGUUAUGAAGUUUAUGCAGAUGGCCCUACAAGGGUUUUGCGAAUUUCUGAAUUUCCUGAUCGUUCCAAGAGAGAGCCAAUAUUUCAGUCAUGUGCAAAGAUUGAACUAAGAAUUUCUUAUACCAAUAUCCACUUACUUGAACAUGGAAGGCAGGAUGCAGAUACGGAUAAACCUUCAGUUUAUACUCCUAUCAUUGUUGCGAGGCUUGGAAAGCUCACUCUGGAUUCUGUGUUUACUGAUCAGCAUAAAUAUAACCAGAUCAGCAUACAGUCAUUGACUGUGGAUCAGAAGUGGGUAGGAGCACCUUUUGCGGCAGUGCUUCGGAGACCUCAAAUGCACAGUGACACAAAUGAUAUACUUCAAAUUGUCUUUGUCUUGCUUUCAACCAGUUCCAAUGUUAAACAAGUUAAAUACUCAUCUGUUCUGCUGCAGCCAAUUGAUUUGAACCUUGAUGAAGAGACACUUAUGCGACUUGUUCCAUUUUGGAGGAAAUCCCUCAAUGACUCAAAUACGCAGAGUCGUCAGUUUUACUUUGAUCAUUUUGAGAUUCACCCAAUAAAGGUUAUAGCAAGCUUUCUUCCAGGGGACUCAUAUGCAAGUUAUAGUUCAGCCCAGGAGACUCUAAGGUCUCUACUGCAUAGUGUGAUAAAGAUCCCCACUGUAAAAAAUAUAGUUGUAGAGCUCAAUGGUGUCCUAGUUACUCAUGCUUUGAUUACAAUGCGUGAACUAUUCAUUAAAUGUGCACAGCAUUAUUCAUGGUAUGCCAUGAGGGCCAUCUAUAUUGCGAAAGGGAGCAAAUUUCUCCCACCAGCUUUUGCAUCAAUUUUUGAUGACUUGGCUUCUUCCUCUCUUGAUGUUUUCUUUGAUCCAUCUCAUGGGCUGACCAAUCUUCCAGGUCUUACUUUAGGGACCUUCAAACUGAUCAGUAGAUGCAUUGAUGGUAAGGGAUUUUUGGGGACAAAGCGCUACCUUGGUGAUUUGGGAAAAACUCUGAGAACAGCGGGAUCAAAUGUACUUUUUGCUGCUGUCACUGAAAUAUCCGACUCUGUUCUGAAGGGUGCUGAAACAAGUGGUUUUAAUGGAGUGGUGAAUGGUUUUCACCAAGGAAUAUUAAAACUGGCUAUGGAGCCUUCAUUAUUAGGCACUGCUUUUAUGGAAGGUGGGCCUGAUAGAAAAAUUAAGCUUGAUCGAAGUCCUGGGGUGGAUGAGCUAUAUAUUGAGGGAUACCUGCAAGCUAUGCUGGAUACAAUAUAUAAACAAGAAUAUCUGAGGGUGAGAGUCAUUGAGAAUCAGGUUAUCCUCAAAAACCUACCCCCAAACAGUUCCCUGAUUGAUGAGAUUGUGGACCGUGUGAAGGGCUUUCUUGUUAGUAAGGCAUUGGUGAAAGGAGAUUCUUCAACUACUCACUCUUUGCGCCAUCUUCGAGGAGAAAGUGAAUGGAAACUUGGGCCAACAGUGUUGACUUUAUGCGAACACCUCUUUGUGAGCUUUUCAAUUCGCAUGCUGAGAAGGCAAACUGGGGUGUGGAUAGGUAGCAUCAAGUGGAAGAAAGAAGUGAAAGGUGAUGGUGAAAACUCAAAAGCAAUUGUUGCUGCAUCUGAUGAAACCAAAGAGGAGCAGAAGGGGCAUUUGAUUGGGAAGUGGGGGUUCGGCAAGUUUGUUUUAUCAGGAAUGUUGGCAUACAUUGACGGACGACUUUGUCGUUGUAUCCCUAACCCUUUAGCAAGACGGAUUGUGAGUGGUUUUCUAUUGAGCUUUCUUGACAAAGAUGAUGCUCCGUGAACUUUGUACAUGAACUGUAUCAUAACGUACUAAUAAAGCAGAGAGCCAUCUCAUACC